GCCAGAGGAGUCAGGCAGGAGGAGAUCAGGGCUGUCGGAACAGCACACACCGCCGACAGCCCAGCAAGAGGAGAGGCGGACGAAGAGCGGGAACCCCUUGGCCUGCGAGGCAGCCAAAAGGCGCGUCGACUCGAACCUCGUAGCCUCCGAAGAACGUCGGACUACUUCACAGAGACAGCGGCAGCCGAAGUUCGGCAGCACGGCCAGUCACGUAACACGCUUACAGAGCAGUUGCAGGCUCCAGCGAAGAUGAGCUGUAGCAGUAGUGUCGCGGGAUCUGAGUUCUCCGAGGAGGAGCUGGAGCUGGGCAUGCUGGGCCCCGGGGAGGACGAGGAAAGCGACGGCAGCACCAAGGGGCCCUUCCUGGACAGCGAGGGCUCCGCCUGCAGCCCCGGGGAGCUGGAGGAGGGCCAGGCCAAGAAGCGCAGCCGCCCCGUCCGCUCCAAGGCGCGCCGCGUGGCCGCCAACGUGCGCGAACGCAAGCGCAUCCUGGACUACAACCAGGCCUUCAACGCCCUGCGCGUGGCCCUGAACCACGACCUGAAUGGCAAGCGCCUAUCCAAGAUCGCCACCUUGCAGAGGGCAAUCAACCGCAUAUCGGCUCUGUCGGUGUUCCUGAGCUCCAACCCCCCGAGCAAGUCCUGCAGCCACCGGGAGUGCCACCGGCCCACGGGGGGGCCCUCGGGGAUGGGGGCCUCACGGCUCGACCCUCCCAGGGUUGGCAUCCCUCGCGUGGAGCCCCAGAACCACAACGUCCCCUGGCCCACGUCCAUGUCUCAUCUGAUGCAGGGCCAGCAGGGCCCUCGCAGGCUGCCCGCGGAAACGCAUCUCUACAUGGACGGCAUGGGCUCCUCCUGCCCGCCUUCGCCGCACUACCCUUGCUACCCCUCCGAGAGCCAGCUCUACGCCUCGCACGGACACUGUGGGAGCCCCCUGGACCGGCCGCCCAGCCCUGUGAGGUACGCCCAGGUAGUGGGGGAGGGGCUGGGCUACCAGACAGGAGUGUGGGCCUCCUGUGCCCAGGGCUACAUGGACACUUUUGCGGAGCCAGGCCCAGCCAUGAGUCUGCCCUGGCAGAUGAGCUACCUCCAGGAUCCAGGUCCACAGCACAGCCUCCCCUUGCUCUGACACACAGGUGGGACCACCAGACACAUCCAGCACCGUCGCCAGCGAACUGUCCAAUGAACUCAGGGAAAGAAAGACUGAUGUGAGGUUCCCGUGUUCCAACUUCUGAAAUCAAAUCAGUAUUAUCUCCGGGAACACCAGAGACAUUGAUCUCAAUGUGCUUUUUGCUUUUUGUACAUGAAUGAAAUGGCAAUCCAGACUGUAGAAUGUUCUAUGAAAUUGCUGUUAGUGCCUACUUUGAUAGAAAUCAUAAAUCCGAUGAAUGUACCUUUUAUCUACCUUAGACUUUCAAAUAUUCAAGGUUUACACUUUGCCUUUGUGGU